CGGCGCCUGCGUCCCUCCCGCUCGGUGAGACGCCCGCAGUGCCCGCGCCACCAGACGGCAGGGACGGGCUUGCUGCCACCACCUACCUCCUCGGCUUCACCACCAAAAUUGAAAAAAUGGUUGAGCUCACCCAGCUGAUGGAAAAUGAGGUAUUCAUGGCCUUUGCCUCCUAUGCAACAAUUAUUCUUUCAAAAAUGAUGUUUAUGAGUAUCGCAACUGCAUUCUAUAGAAUGACAAGAAAGGUUUUCGCCAACCCAGAAGACUGUGCAACCCUUGGCAAAGGAGAAAGUGCCAAGAAGUAUCUUCGAAUAGAUGACAGAGUGGAACGUGUACGAAGAGCCCACCUGAAUGACCUUGAAAAUAUUGUUCCAUUUCUUGGUAUUGGCCUUCUGUAUUCCUUGAGUGGUCCAGAUCUCUUUACAGCCCUUCUGCACUUCAGAAUCUUUGUUGGAGCACGAAUCUACCACACAGUUGCAUAUUUGAUUCCCCUUCCCCAGCCAAAUAGAGCUUUGGCUUUUUUUGUUGGAUAUGGAGUUACUCUUUCAAUGGCUUACAGGUUGCUAAAGAGCAAAUUGUACUUGUAAAGAAAAUCAUACCACUCAUCAUCCAAUGGGCUUUUAAGAAUUCUGUACUUCCAAGUUAGAAUGAAUACUUUCUUAGGUUUUAGGUAGAAGGGGAGAAGAGAAAUUAAGAAUCGGGGAAAACCCACUUUGAAUAUACCAUCAACAAUAUCCUUUAUUCUUAUUUUAUAUUUGCAUGAGAAAUUUAACAUAAUGAUUCUUAUGUCUUAUUCUUAAAGUACUGUGUUGUCAAUUUUGAUUAUGUUAUAAUUUAUAACAUUCAUUCAACAUGUUGUAUUUUGAAUCUAUAAAAAGAGUGAUUGCAUGUAUGAGAAAUCUGUAUUUUAGUA